UUCCAUCCGAAAAAGAGAGAAGGAAUUAAAAAAAACAAUGGCGUUAGUUUGCAAGGUUUUAUUAAGAGCAGCUAAAAUAGGUUCAGGCUCUCAAUUUGUUCAAAUCCCUUGUAAAUCUCAACGCUGGUUAUGUAACGACCCAUCCUCUUUCAAUCCUCUUCUGAAGAAACUACUUCAAUUACCCACCUCAUUAAUCAAGUCUACGAUUGAUUCUGAGUAUCGUUUUGCCCACAAUAAUCCCCAGUUUUCCUGGGAGUCUCUCGCCGCCGUUCUCCCAUCUUUGCCACCGGAGAAGGCUCGGCUGGUUUUGGAAUGGAAAUUAGAGAAAAUGUUGAAGGAAAAUGAGGGAGACUAUGAUCAAUAUUUCUAUAUAAUGUCUCUUUGUGCAAAGAUUCGAAAUGUUUCACUUGCAAUGCAUGUCUUUACUUCAAUGGAGGUUCAUGGGAUUAAACCAACAACUUCUAUUUUCAAUUCCUUCAUACAUGCUUGCUUGUCCUCGAAUGAUUUGUUAACAGCAUUGAGCUUGUUCGAGAUAAUGGCAAGUUCAGAGAGCUACAAACCAAAUGAGGAGACUUAUGAGACCUUCAUAACAGGGUUUUCGAGUUUGGGAUAUGUCGACGCCAUGAAAAGCUGGUAUUCAGCUAAGAAGGCUUCUGGUUAUUGUGCUACUCUUCAAACAUAUGAUUCACUCAUUUCUGGUUGUAGUCGAUCUCGAGACUUUGACGGUGUUGAUAGAUUCUACGAAGAAAUGACAUUGAAAGGAAUGAUGCCUAGUGAGACCAUAUUGGAGAACUUGCUGGAGGGAUUUUGCAGACGCCGGAGAUUCAAUCACGUUAAAGAGUUCUUGAAAUCUUGCCUUGAAGCUGGGCAGGAAAUUAGUCCAAAGAUGGCUGAGAAGGUCGUCGGUUUAUAUUUGAGACAUGGAAAGGUAGAAGAAAUGGAAGACCUACUUUUAACUGUAGUGGAGUCGGGACAGGAUGUUGCUGUUUUAUCACACGUGAACUCCGGGAUCAUAACUAUGUAUGCAGCAUUGAAUCGAUUGGAUGAUGUCGAAUACUCCGUGGGCAGGCUGCUGAAACAAGGGUUAUUGUUUAGAUGCGCAGAUGAUGUUGAGAAGGUUAUCUGCUGUUACUUCAGGGAAGAAGCUUAUGAAAGACUAGAUCUAUUUUUGGAGCGUAUUAAGGGUUCACAUAAGCUCACGAAAUCAACCUAUGAUUUGUUGGUUGCGGGGUAUCGAAGAGCCGGGCUUUCUCAGCGAUUACAUUGGGUGAUUAAGGAUAUGGAAUUGGCUGGAGUUCGAUAGCAUCCUAGUUGGAAAAAACCGAUACUUGCCUUGACGUCGCAUUUACGCGUGAUUCUGGAUGUGCUUCCUGGAUAAACAGUGCUGCAUCUUGGAAUAUGUUUUCCGACAUCGGAAGGGAUUGUUUGCAUCGCAUAUAGCACUGGAGCAUUGGUUGGAGUUCAGUCGUCUUUUACUCAAGAUGAAGAUCAGGACAUGAAGAGCUUCAUGGAAUCACUUCAGACAUUUUGUCCAUUUUUUGACAUCAAAAUGGUGACAACCUUGCUUAAAUCUUUUUUUUUAAUAUUCCAGGCGAUUACAAGAUAGUAUUUGUUCAUAAUCGUUCUUACAUUUAGACGCAGUUGUUCGAAUCCAGUACCUCAAUGGAAAAGAACACUCACUUUGAUCACUGAAAUC